AUGCAAUCGAUGUUUCAUUCGAUGUUAAGCACAGCCAACUUCACGCUUCUUUUCUCUCUUUUUGACGUGCUCUUAGCAUAUUAGCGCAACAAAAUGACCAUUAGGCCCGCAUAUAGACCCAAGAUCAUCAAGAAGCGCACUAAGCACUUCAUCCGUCAUCAGUCGGAUCGUUAUGCUAAGUUGUCGCACAAAUGGCGCAAGCCUAAGGGUAUUGACAACAGAGUGCGUCGUCGCUUCAAGGGCCAGUACCUGAUGCCAAACAUUGGUUAUGGUUCCAACAAGCGCACCGCCCAUAUGCUGCCCACUGGCUUCAAGAAGUUCGUCGUGCACAAUGUGCGUGAGCUGGAGGUCCUGAUGAUGCAGAACCGUAUGUACUGCGGUGAGAUCGCCCACGGCGUCUCCUCCAAGAAGCGCAAGGAGAUUGUUGAGCGCGCUAAGCAGCUGUCCGUGCGCCUAACAAACCCCAAUGCUCGUCUCCGUUCCCAGGAGAACGAAUAAGCUUAAGUUUAUGCGCUUCUGUGUCUAUUUUUUAAAUAACGUCAACGGAAUACAAAUGAUUUUGAGAAACGUUAAAAUUUAAA